AUGGCUAAUCAGGCAUCUCGAUCGUCUCGCGCGGCCUCAGCGCCAUUCGGCUCCUACCGAUCUCCAUAUGCGCCCAAAUAUACUGUGCCAUUCAAAGUUGCCGGAGUCAGCGUUACCCAGGGCAUGAGAUUUAUGCCGAUGGCUGCCACUUUCGGCGCUGCUACUGGCAUCUUCGCCGUUUUCUUCCUUGGAGAUACCCCACGUAUCCGAGAGGAUAUCCUUAUGAACAUCCCUCUUAUCGGAAGCUACUGGGAGAGAUCUAUUGCGCCCGAGGACAACUCCUACAUAUGGUCGGAAGGGCGAGCAGUUGUUGUGGCAGUUGAAGAUAGAGCGAGCGUGAUUUUGUAUAUUUACAGUCUCUUAGUUUAA